AGUAUAUAAGUGUGCAGAGCAAGCUGUCAGUACUCACUUGUACUCAGAAAACGUUUGCAAGUGGAACACUUAAAGACGAGACGAAACUUUUCUUAAAUCAACGGGAUUAUUGUUGCAUUCUUUUCCUCCUGGAAUCAAAGCAAAUUAAUCUGCAAACAUGCCAGUGUCAAGAAUGAGGAUGAGGCCAUGGCUGGAGAAGAUGAUCGACUCCAAUACAAUUUGGGGACUGGCUUGGAUUGACAAGGAGAAAACAAUGUUUUCCAUCCCCUGGAAGCAUGCAGCUCGACAUGGCUGGGAGGUGGACAAAGACGCAUGUCUGUUCAAAGAGUGGGCCAAACACACAGGGAAAUAUGCGGAGGGCCAAGUUUGUGACCCCAAGACAUGGAAAGCCAACUUUCGCUGUGCAAUGAACUCACUGCCUGACAUCGAGGAGGUGAAAGACAAAAGCAUUAACAAAGGCCACCAAGCUAUGCGUGUCUUCAGGAUGCUGCCUGCUAGUCAAAAAUCUAAAGAUAAACGGACUAAAUCAAGGGAGUCAAAGGGAAGGAAGAAGAGUUCAGUGGUUAAGAUGGAAGAGAGGGAAGACAGCUACAGUGACACUCAGUCUCCCAUCCCUGCACUGAUGCCAGAAAGCACACAAGAAAACAGAGUUGACAGCACAGUGCAGACAGACCAGCCAGAUUUCUUCUUUCCAUCUGACGUUCCUGAAUGGUCUUCAACAGUCGAGAUUGGCCCUGACUCCUUCGCCAACAGAUUUCAGGUUUCACCUGUUCACAGCUCCGACUACGACUAUCCAGAAGACAUUAUUGAGAUUUGCAGAAAACUGGAGAAAGAAACUUCACACUGGAUGACAACAAGCAGUUUAGACGACAGGGGGUUCCUGAGCAAUGAACCAUGCACCAGUCCAGGGAGCCAGUGGAGUGAGUCUUCAUCAGUCGACGAAGUAGACGACACACGGCCACAGUACACAACUCUUGCAGACAUCCCAAAUUCCACAGAUGAAUUCUGGAACAGCUUUUGCCAACAGAUGCCACUUUUGCUUUAAAAAAGUAAAGGACAUGACAGGACAAUUCUUUUACACUGGACUUUUAAGCUCCUGAAAUCUUCUCCCAUCAGAGCCUUCCUCCCAGCUAAAUCACCCCUUGGCUAGGACAGCAUCCCAACAUCUGGACUUCUACUGUGUGUUUGAUGUUUGGAAGCAGUUUGCAGAGCUACCCUCAUCUCUCUCAUCCCAUAUGUGAAGUUGUGAACAGAAGUUAUAAAGCGCACUGCUGUGUAAAAGGAAUUCACAUGCUCAACAUUGUUUAUAGUUUUGGCUGGUUCAAGGCACCACGCUGCACAUGUUUUCUCUGUUAAGCUCAGGCAUGGUAAUUCCUUUAUCUUAAACAACCUCUGACAAUUACGAGGUAGUUGUCAUUAACCUCAUCUUGCAGAUAUGCUCGCACUCAGUGCUUGUGAAAGAUAGUUAAUGUAUAGUGUAAAAAAAAAUCACAUAUUUUUUUCUUUGUUUUUCCGUUAUAUCUACCAGUGAAUUAUAGUUUAAGUGACCAAAAACUGCAUCUUUACAUCUUGUCGACAAACAUCCCAACAACAGGUGAAAGCUUUUCUAUGUUGUAAAUAGUUUGUUGUGUGUUUUUUAAUAAAACAAACAAAAUAUGAAACAUAUAAAA